CAAAAACAAAAACAAUAAUAAUAGCAAUAAUAAGCCGCAGUUUUUUAGGGUAAAGAGACGAAGGGGCUGCGGCGUUAUCCUCGCUCCCUUUCCCACUUCUCCGUGACAUCCAUCUCCUCUUACUCCUUGCUCGCUCUCAGCAAUCUUUUCGCUCCCAGAAGUAAGAAGUGCGCGCGAGAGGGGAGGAGAGAGACGGGUCAUGUCCUCCUCGACCAACCUAUGGGUUCUCCUCGGCCUGGGCCUCGCCGGCGUCCUUCUCAUGACCCGGCGGCUGAAGCGGGCCAUCAAGCAGGAUUUCGGGGCUUUCGUCGAGCGGCUCGAGCUCCUCCCUCCCCCUCAGCCCGCCCCUCCCAAGGCUCCCCAUCCUUUGACUGGCCUCUCCUUCGCCGUCGCCGACAUAUUCGAUAUCAAUGGAUAUGUAACUGGAUUCGGCAAUCCAGACUGGGCAAAAACUCAUGAUCCUGCAGCACGGACAUCUUCAGUGGUUUCAGCUCUCGUAGAUGGGGGUGCUACUUGUGUUGGAAAAACAGUGAUUGAUGAGAUGGCUUAUAGUAUCAAUGGUGAAAACAAACAUUUUGGUACACCAACCAAUCCUGCAGCUGUUGAGCGAAUACCUGGAGGAUGCUCGAGUGGAUCAGCUGUAGCUGUUGCUAGUGGUCUAGUUGAUUUCUCCUUGGGUGUUGACACUAUCGGUGGUGUGAGGAUACCUGGGGGAUUUUGUGGUAUAUUAGCAUUCCGACCUUCACAUGCUGCUGUUUCGAAUAUUGGUGUUAUUCCAGUCUCACCAAGUCUUGACACUGUAGGAUUAUUUGCUAAGGAUCCCAGUAUCUUGCGUCGUGUGUCUCACAUACUGCUUCAACUUCCAUAUGCUGAUCACCGCCAGCCUAGACAUAUGAUUAUAGCAGAUGAUUGUUUUGAACUAUUAAAGAUUCCAAAUAGCAGGGCGACUCAGGUGGUGAUCAAAUCUACAGAGAAGCUGUUUGGAAGGCAACUUCUAAACCAUGUAAAUUUAGGAGAGUAUCUGGCUUCUAAAAUAUCCAGCUUGAAACAGCUUCAAAAUGGGAAGAAAAGUGGUGAUUCAAAGACUGCAUUAUUAUCACUUGCAAAUGCUAUGCGGCUGCUUUACAAGCAUGAGUUCAAAAAUAAUCAUGAGAGGUGGAUCAACUCCGUUAAGCCUGUCCUUGAUCCUUCUAUAUUAGCUGACAUGAGUAGUUCAUUGGAUGAUAGUGAUGCACAUAUUGAAUACUGCCACUAUGCAAGAAAUGAAACACGCUUGGCCCUUAAUGCUCUUCUAAAGGAUGAUGGAAUACUUGUUCUUCCUACAGUAUUAGGAGCUCCUCCAAAACUUAAUGCAAAGGAAAUUUCAUCAUCGGACUACCAGUCUCGUGCGUUAUGUCUAUCGGCUAUUGCUAGCAUGUCAGGCUGUUGUCAGGCGACCAUACCCAUAGGGUUCCAUGAAAAGUGUCCUGUGUCAGUGUCCUUUAUUGCAAGGCAUGGAGGUGAUCGCUUUUUACUAGAUACUGUCCAGACUAUGUUUGCAUCUCUUCAAGAGCAGGUUGAUGAAGUUAUGAAGUCCAAAUCGUCAAGCAGUAGCAUCAGCAAGGAAGAAUCUGCAGAAAUUGCAAAAGAGAAAGGUAACAUUGCUUACAAAGAAAAACAAUGGCAGAAAGCUGUUAAUCUGUAUACUGAAGCAAUCAAACUAAGUGAAAAGAAUGCAACAUAUUAUAGCAAUAGGGCUGCUGCAUAUCUGGAACUUGGGAGUUACCUUCAAGCUGAAGCUGAUUGCAGCGCUGCCAUAAGCCUUGAUAAAAAGAAUGUCAAAGCUUAUUUGCGAAGAGGUACUGCACGGGAAAUGUUGGGCUAUUACAAAGAGGCAAUCGAAGAUUUCAAAUAUGCACUCGUUUUGGAGCCAACGAACAAGACAGCAAUCCUUGCCGCUAGUAGAUUAAAGAAGCUAUUCCAGUAGAUACCACACUAGCAAUUUGCAGGUGGUCGAAAUCACCUGUUCAAUGUUUGAUAUUUGAAGAUGGUGGGUUGACCCGUACAGGUACAUUUGAAGAUGUUCGGCAGCACCUUAGAAGAGCACGAAUCUCAAGAGUUUGCAGGCAUCCGGAUUGCUUACCAUCUAUCACGCUGAAAGUUUUCAACUUAUUUACAAAAUCUAUGGCUCUUGAUAUUGCCUCUUCCUUGGUAUAAGAUAUGCUAGUCCAGUUUUGUUGCGCAGCUGAUAUCAAAUGUCAAAUACCAUUUUCAGUUUUACCAUAUAUGCCCUCUAUUUUUUUGAAUUGUACUAUAAGAUCAUCAUUUCUUGCAGUGAUGGCGAGUGGUAUUUUGGAAUAAAAUCGCAUAGUUUGGGAUGGUAUGCUAUCAAUUCAUUCUUCGCAU